AGUAAUAACUGAAUUUGGUUACACUUGUCGACCAAGUUAGUCUACAAGUUGUGUUUAGAUGUUCUCGUACAGUACAUCGCGAUUUCAAGCAACAAGUAGCUAUAAGUAUCGAUUACAUUCCGUCUUAGUCGGAGGGUGUAAUAAUUUUUUUCUCUCUCAUAGCGCAUCCGCGCAGGCGCUGGCAUAACCACUACUCCGUUGAGAAACGUAGCUAGUAGUAGUGAUCAGUAUCUGGUGCGUCUUGUAUGAAUCGACCAUGAAGCGUACUUCUAGCGAAACCACUGUAGACAUUUGCAGGCGAGACAAUGAUUAUAGUUUGCAGUUCAAUCGUUGGAUUCUGAAAUCGAUAGGCGCUUGGCCGGAAUUCAGGAAAAAUUCGAUGAUCAAGAAUAUUCUAAUAAAUAUCUUGCGAUUAGCGUGUCAUUCUUUAAUGGUAUAUACCAUAGUAUCUUCUACAUUAUAUGUAUUGUUCGAAGAGAAAGAUUUACGCUUAAGACUGAAAGCUAUAGGACCUACGAGCCACAUUAUUAUGGGCGGAAUCAAUUACUGCUCGCUCCUGCACAAUAAUGAUCGAAUACGCGCGUUUAUAGAGCAUAUGGAGACCGACUGGCGAAUGGCGAAAAGAGAACAGGAUCGAGAAGUGAUGCUGCGAAACGCGAGAAUAGGACGCGUUAUAGCGGCCGUUUGUACGCUUAUCAUGCAGGUUGGUGUUAUUUCUUACAAUAUAGCUCGAGGGAUGUCACGGAUAACAGUGGUAAUCGGCAACAAGACCAUCGAGACAGGUGGCCUACCAUGUGCAUCUUACAAUAAGAUCGUGGACACUAGACUCAGCCCGGUAUACGAAGUCGUGCUCGCGGUGCAGUGUCUCUCGACCAUCGUGGUGAACAACGUCACGGUCGGUGCGUGCAGUCUCGCUGCCGUUUUCGCGAUGCACGCUUCCGGCCAACUCAACGUAGUAAUGCUACGUCUCGAAGAACUCGUCGCUGAAAAACAAGAUCUUCAAUUGAAACUGGCAAAUAUCGUGGAGCAUCAUCUGCGAGCUUUGAGAUUUCUUUCACAUUUGGAAGUUAUGAUGCGUCAAAUAUGUUUUGUGGAAUUAGUCGGAUGUACAUUCAAUUUAUGUAUGCUGGGAUAUUACACAAUUUCGGAAUGGCAUCAAGAAAGCAUAAACACUAUAAUAACAUAUGUUAUGGUGUUGACAUCGAUGCUGUUUAAUAUCUUCAUAUUUUGUUUCAUUGGUGAACUCGUAACGGAUCAGUGUAAAAAAGUUGGCGAAGCAGCUUAUAUGACAAAUUGGUAUUUAUUGCCGCAUAAAACUGUACUUAGUUUAAUUUUAAUAAUCUUACGAUCAAGAAUUGUUAUCAAAAUUACGGCUGGAAAAAUAUUUCACAUGUCUAUCCAGACUUUCGGUGCUGUAAUUAAAACAUCUGUCGCAUACUUGAAUAUGCUUCGAACUUUAACUAUGUAAAUAUUGUAUAAUAAAAGACGAAUAUAUUUGUAAUAUUCUCUAUUAAGAUAAUAUAAAAUAUGUAAAAUUUCUCAUAUAUAAAUAAUUUUAUGUAAAACACUAAAAACAUUAUUUUUUUAA